CCUCGAUUCGUUCCCUAUCCCACACCACCAAGCCGCCAGCCAUGGAGGCGGCGGCCUCAGCAGCUGUUGCGGCCGCCAAGGAGACGGCGCUGGCUGCGGCUGCUGCAGCAUCGGCUGCUUCCAAGGAGGCGGCGGCGGCGGCGGCGGCUGCGACGGAGGCAGCGGCGACUGCCAAGGAGGCGGCGGCGAAGGCUUCGGCUGCUGCGUUAAACGCGAAGGAGGCAGCGGCUGUGGCGACGGCUACAGGGGAGGCGGUGGCUGCUACCGUUGCUGCUGCGAUGGCGGCACUGCAAGCUUCAAAGAAGCGUAAGUUCCAUCUUGUCGACGACCAAGAUCCGCCGGGGAGUGGCAACUGCGAUGAUGUUGAUGGGGGGAUUGUCGAUCUCACUGAUGAUGUUGAUGGGGGGAGCGUCGAUCACAUAAGCCGCGUCCCCGACGCCGUCCUCGGCACCAUCUUGUCUCUUCUCCCCACUAAGGAAGGUGCCCGCACGCAGGUCAUCUCUCGCCGGUGGCGUCCGCUCUGGCGCUCCGCUCCUCUGAACCUCGCGGUUGACGGUGGACCCAAUAGCAAGGAACUGAUUACAAAGAUCCUCUCUGAGCAUCCUGGCCCCGCACGCCGCUUCUCGGUCCGCAUCUUUCAGAACGACGACAAGAUCGAAGGCUGGCUUAGUUCCAAAGCCCUGGACAACCUACAGGAGUUCGAGCUCAUCUACACGUUCUGGGGCAGCAACUGGGAGAAGUUGUGCCUGCUGCCAUUGUCCGUGUUCCGCUUUUCGCCCACUCUCCGCGUGGCCAAAUUCUGCGGCUCCCAUUUCCCCAGGAGUAACUUGAUUGUGCAGCUGUCCCUGAAGUUUCCGUGCCUCAAGCAGCUGACCCUGGAAAAGGUCACCAUCUCGGAGGAUGUUCUCCAGAGCAUGCUCUCUGGCUGCCCUGCCUUGGAAUGCCUUGAGCUGAUGAUGGUUUUUGGCAUUGAUCGCCUCUGCAUCAGCUCCCAAACUCUUAAAAGUUUAGGCUUCUGCGCAGAAUGGAGUAUUCGAGGUGUCACUCUGCAUGAGUUAGUCAUUGAGGACGCCCCGUGCCUUGAGAGAUUGCUACGUUUUAAUCCAAUAGGCACAAAGACCAUAAAGAUAAUUGGCAGGACACCUAAACUGGCAAUAUUGGGUAUGCUGUCUGAACAUAUAUCUGAAUUCCACCUUGGAAGUUCGGUUUUUCAGAAAAUGAUUGCUGUCAGUUUGACAACCAAAUGCACAGCAUGAGGGUUUUGGUUCUCAGCUCCGCUGGCCCUAAUCUGGAUGCAGUGGUUAACUUGCUCAAGUGCUUUCUUCGCUUGGAGUGGUUGCAUGUCACUUUCCAGUUAAGGGAGGUUAUCAAUAAUGUCCGGAGUUAUGAUCCACUGGACCCAAUUGAAUGCCUUGAGCUCCAUCUCAAAAAGGUGGUGUUGAAGAAUUAUGACGGCCUCUGUGGUUCAUCUAUUAACUUUGCCAAGUUCUUUGUUCUGAAUGCAAAAGGGCUAAAGGAAAUGAAAAUCACAUUGCCUUACCACCGCCAACACAAAUGGUUUGCUAAUCAGCUCAGCAUGCUGCGAGUCAACAGUAGAGCUUCACGAGAUGCUCGAAUUGAAAUGAGAUGUGGCAGUCGCGAGUAUUUCACACACAUCAGGUGUACCCAUGAUUUGUCAAUGGACAACCCUUUUGACUUGCCCCACCGAGGAUGCUUGAAGUGUGAAGAGAAGGGUCUGGGAGAUGCUGUAUACACAUUUAAUUAGAACUUGGGCUGCCAAGACCACCAACGUGUGGUGCUAGCCAGUAAGCCUACAAUCCUUCUUGGAUGUAGUUGGUGCCCAUCUUGAAAAUUGUCUUGCCUUCUUUUCAAAGCCCAAGCUUUUGUAUCUAGCCUAUAAUGUUGUCCCAGCCUUCUACUACUUCAUUUAGCGAUGGAAUGUUUUGUGGCACACGGGAUUUUACCAGGACAAAGGAGGUGGUGUCUAAGCUCAUGCUUCAAAUCCAAACUUGUGUAAUGUACUUUUUGUUUUAUCGUUCUUGAUGUGGUUCA